CUUGAACUUGACCAGUUUAUUGUAUAUUUGUCUUGUUCGACAUCUGCAGCUCUUUGUUCGUCGUUUCUAACCCAGGGUUUGAAGUUGAUCUUCUGUAAUGCCUACAAUCUAUAGUAGAUUUAAACCUUUGAUUCCCAGUAGCUUUAAUACCUAAGCUUUACCAAUUGCUUUGUCAGUGAUGAUUCCUCUUGUGUGGACAUUUUUUCAGGUUUUCGCAUAUCUGGCAGUUCUUGGAACUGGCAGUGCUUGGAGGUGUCGGUUUCUCCGUUCUUAUGUGUUACAUGUGGCUUGAAAUCCUUCUUAUCACUCGUGGCUUGAGAUAUGUUGUAUUGUCACUCGAGGCUUGAAAUCUACUUUGAUCAACUUGCUUGGCUUGAAGAUGGCUGUAUUGAAAUAGGCUGUUUUCGUUCACUUGUGGUUUGAGAGCGGCUUUUUUUAGGUUUGGGGCUAGGAAACCGGCUAACAAGUUCCAAGUCGGACACUAGAUGUAGUUUACCAGUUGUGUCUUGUCAAGCAUGUAUUAUUCAUUGGAUAGUAAAUCAUCUUUCAAGUAAUAAAAUCUCUCUCUUCUGUCUACUUCCAGAUGGUGCAACAUCUGUCCCAGGCCGGUUUUGCUGAAUUGGAAAUUCCUGGAAACUACGUUGUUUGUCCUUUGUGCAAUAAAAUCUUCAUGUCAAAAACGGCUUUGGAAACACACAAGAGAAUACACACAGGAGAAAGACCAUUUAGAUGUCUCGACUGUGGAAAAUCGUUCACACAGAAAACCCAUUUGAAGACUCAUUCGAGGCUCCACACCGGCAUUAAGCCGUAUCACUGUCAAAUCUGUAACAUGUCAUUCUCUGAUAGUUCUAACUUUCGGAAGCAUAAGUUCAUUCGGCACAUCUAUGGUAUGACGGCUUACGAGUGCUCGCAUUGCCAUAAAGUCUUUGGAACAAAAUUCAACAUAGAUCGGCAUCUAAGGGUCCACACUGGUGAAAAGCCAUUCAAGUGUUCAUGUUUCGGUUGUCCGCUGGUCGGCAAGUUGAAGGACGCAGUGAUGUUUCGGUUGUCCGCUGGUCGGCAAGUUGAAGGACGCACUAUGUGUUUUGUCUGUGGAAAACUAUUUCCGACCAAUGCAAGAUUGGAAAGGCACAUGCUUAUCCACACUGGUGAAAAGUCAUUCAAGUGUUCCUACUGUGGAAAAGGUUUCAAACAAAAAGCUCACUUGACGGGCCAUGAACGUAUUCAUACAGGAGAGAAACCAUUCACUUGUCGCAUGCGUUGGUUGUCGGCUGAUUCAAGAAAAGUUGUUGGUUGUGGUGGGCCUCUGACGUGUUGUGUUUGUGGAAAACUGUUCUCCACCAAGACAGAUGUGGAAAGGCACAUGCGUAUCCACACUGGUGAAAAACCAUUCAAGUGCUCCUUCUGUGGUAAAGGCUUCAAACAAAAAGGUCACUUGACGAGAUGCAUUGGUUGUCUCGGGGUUGGCGAAGUGGCAGUGAUGGUCGUCGACCAGUGUGUGACCUUUGUGCUUGUCUAUUUUCAGACCACAUCCAUCAUUUCCGCAACAAAACUUGGAAGUGUACAAGGAGUGUUCAAGUGUUCUUGGUGUAAUAAGACCUUCCAAGCAAGACUUUUGCUAGAAGCUCAUCAGCGUAUCCACACUGGUGAAAGGCCAUUCAAGUGCUCCUUCUGUGGUAAAACCUUCACGCAGAAAGGCAACUUGAAGAAGCAUGUUCGCGUCCAUACCGGAGAGAAACCAUUUCAAUGUCCUGUUUGUGGGAAGGGGUUCAGUGAUAGUUCACAUAGGAAGACGCAUAUGAUUAGUCAUCUAUCUAGAUAGAGAUAGGUGAAAAAGGCAGUUUGAAAGUUGAUAAAAAGAUUCCCUCAGGAGGGGACCGUUGGUAUUGUGAUUCUUCGGACCUGAUGAUGUGGGGCUGGAUUCGUUUCAUUCUGCUGUGGCUUGUUCGAUGCUUUAGGUGGUCAAUUCAGUUCUCAGUGAAAUUCUUGUCAAUUUUAGAAACUGUAUGCUUUUUUUCAGUGUCUACAUAUCCGAGACUGUUUGUCACUAGUCGGUAGCCAGCCCAAGUUCAGUAUUCUAUACAAAAUUUUCAGAUCUAUAUUCACAUCCAAUUCAUCCUUGUUAAUGUUUUUGUUUGGCUGGUUUAGUCCAUUCUUCAUUAAGCCUAGGCUGGAGAAGUAUUGUCCAUAGAAUCUGUGUUCUUACAAAAGCAUUCAGACCUUCCUGAGGCGAGAGAGCUGUUCACUACCUCGUCUCCCCUUUUGCUUGUACUGUUGGAGGGCGUUCAGUCUGACAGGUCAACAUGUUGGUUUUCAGGGUAAUACCUAGUGGGUCUCAUGAAUCAAAUGAAACGGACUCUGGUCCACAAGUCUAUUAUUUGUUUCUUUGUUUUCUUGUAUUAUUUCCUAAUUUCAGCGUCGAUUAUAAAUAUUCUGAAAGACCAAAUCUUUGUGAUCUGUUUAAUUUCAGGUUCUGUGCUUCAUAAUCAUGUUUCUUUUAAAUCAGUCGUUAGAUUAUUGAUUCUAAUGUGUUCCUCCCCACCUCACAGACUCGAGUUGGUAAGGAUUAUUCCUGUAAAUUUUGUACAGAUGUAUUUGUAAGCCAAGGACACUUAGACGUGCAUGAACAAAUCCACUCUGCUACAAGGCCAUUUCAGUGUCCAUUUUGUAAGAAGACCUUCAGUGCAAAAAGUAAUAUGAAUGUACACAUGAGGCUCCACACAGAUAUCAGACCUUUUCAAUGUGUGGAGUGUGGCAAGAGGUUUAACAGGAGCACACAUGUGAUCUGUUCUAGCAAAACCAGUUUCAUGUCGCACAUAAGAUGAGCCUAGACGACACCAGGACAUAAUAGAAGAAAUUGAUGUCAUCAGAUUUCUCAAAAGGCAGACAAUAGUGAAAUGAACAAACAGUCCGUCUCAACCUACCAAGCUCAGAGCGACGUGUGCCUGGUUUGCUGGAACGGCUCACACAUUUGAAGACUCGUGUGUUUACUCAUUGUUCGGUAACUCAUUUUGAAUUGAGUGUUGAUCGGAUUAAAGCAUUAAUAUGUAAUCAACAUCAUCAAGCAUUUACAUGUAUCAUUAUAUAAUUCUUUGUCUUGUAUUUGUUCAUUGUUCAUAAUAUAUGUAAAAAAGAGUAAUUCAUAACCAUUUUUGUUCACUGCCCCUCUCAAGUUUUCGGGGGAAGGAUUCUGUAUAACGUGUAAAACGUUGCUGUGAAGUCGGCCUAAAAAUGAAAGCCAGAAUUUGUUCAUUGUUCAUAAUAUAUGUAAAAAAGAGUAAUUCAUAACCAUUUUUGUUCACGGCCCCUCUCAAGUUUUCGGGGGAAGGAUUCUGUAUAACGUGUAAAGUGUUGCUGUGAAGUCGGCCUAAAAAAGAAAGCCAGAAUUUAAAGAUGUUUAUAAAAGGUCUCCAUCAUUGGCUGAUGAAUUAGUUAAGAAAAAAGGCAAAUUUUGUUUUCGGGUGGGAAGAGGAAGAAGCGAUUUUACUGCAGCUAGAAAAUUUCUGUGGUUUUCGUGGUCAUCCAGUCUUCCCUGCAAGGCCUUGAUCUCAUCACUAUGCCAAUGAGUUGGCUAGGCCCUGUAGAUGGAAGACUGGAUCACUACAACAUCCAAAAUGUGUUUAUUUGUAUUCAUGUUAAUACAACUGUGCCAGGUUUGGCCAGCCUUUUUUUAUGUCUUGGUGCUCGUAUCCGCAAUUUGGCUCCAAACCCCGAAGUUUACAUUUUCGUUUUCGGCCCAAAUAGAUUUUGGGUGUGAUCCUGAGUCAGCUUGUUGGCGGAGUUAGUCCUACCUUAGAGAAACCGGAUGCAUGCCAUCCUGAGAUACAGGUUUUUGAUACUCCUACAACGUUUGAGAUGUGGAGUGUAUUUAAAACCACUGAUUAUGUCAGGAUGUGUUUCCCUGAGCUUAAUCUUCAACAAGUCCAUGUAGUUUUAACACCUUCAGCGCCCCUUUUCAGACCCCCAGAAAAAAAAUGUAUAAGAGGUGGCUGCAUAAGGUCUUUUGCAGUAACUUCUCCAAGACAAGGUCUUCUUGAAUCAAUAGAGUUAUGUUAGCUACACUCCUUUAUUUAAUAUUAUUUUAUUUUUUGGUUGAAAAAUGACCAUAAUAACCCCCUUCCCCCGACCUUCAUAUUUUGUUAUUCAGUGGUUUGGUCUUUUCAGUUCCUAUCUUGCCCUGAAGAUGGCGAUGGUGUAGUUCUUUCAUGAAGUCCAUGAGACUCCGAUAACCAGCUCAAAGAGGGGGCUUUGGCUACGUAGAUCUACGUGGUUCGGCACUGAAGGUGUUAAUCUGAACAUGAUGUAUUAACAGCCUCAUUAUAUCAUAUACUUUAUAACAUUGUAACAAUACUUUGUAUAUUUUGCUAGUAAAUAAAGUUUCAUUUCCAGUAUUGU